CUGGACCCAGCGGCGCUAACACUUGCAGAGGGGCAUCGUGGAGGAGGCAGCGCGAGCGGCCCGGUUGCUGGCCGGCGUGAUGGAGCCCCAGCUCCCAGCCCCCAUGCUGGGAGGCAGCUGGAACAUGUCCUGGGCGGCACCCCUGGGGAACAGCACCCCGGCUGGGGCCCUGCCGCCCGUGGCCCCCGGGGUGGUCCUGCUGUACCUGCUGGUGUGUGCGCUGGGGCUGGGCGGCAACACGUUGGUCAUUUAUGUGGUGUUGCGUCACGCCAAGAUGAAGACGGUCACCAACAUCUACAUCCUGAACCUGGCCGUGGCUGAUGUGCUCUUCAUGCUAGGGCUGCCCUUCCUGGCCACGCAGUACGCUGUGUCUUACUGGCCCUUCGGCUCCUUCCUAUGCCGCCUGGUCACCACGCUGGACGGCAUCAACCAGUUCACCAGCAUCUUCUGCCUGACGGUCAUGAGCGUGGACCGUUACCUGGCUGUGGUGCACCCCGUGCGUGGGGCCCGCUGGCGGCGUCCCCAGGUGGCCCGCACGGCCAGUGCAGCUGUGUGGGCCUUCUCGUUGCUCAUGUCACUGCCGUUGGCCGUGUUUGCUGAUGUGCAGGAGGGGCUGGGCACCUGCAACCUGGCCUGGCCAGAACCCGUGGGGCUGUGGAGCACCGUGUUCAUUGUCUACACAGCCGUGCUGGGAUUCUUCGGGCCGCUGCUGGUCAUCUGCCUGUGCUACCUGCUGCUUCUGGUGCGAGUCAAGGCCUCGGGCGUGCGGGUGGGUGCCCGGCGCCGGCGGCGCUCGGAACGCAAGGCCACACGCAUGGUGGUGGUGGUAGUGCUGGUGUUUGCCGGCUGCUGGCUGCCCUUCUUUGUGGUCAACAUUGUCAACCUGGCUGUCGUGCUGCCCGAGGAACCCGUGUCCACAGGAGCCUACUUCUUCGUGGUCAUCCUGUCCUAUGCCAACAGCUGUGCCAACCCUGUGCUCUAUGCCUUCCUCUCUGACAACUUCCGCCAGAGCUUCCGCAAGGUCCUGUGCCGGCCUGGCGGGGGCCCGGGCACCGACGAUGCUGACACUGUGGAGGCACGGCCUGAUAGGAGUGGUGUCCCCAGGUCCCCACCGUCUGCCCCUGGCCCUGGAGCCAACGGGCUCCUGCAGACCAGCACACUGUAAGGCCGCAGGACCCCAGCUCAGAGUCCCAGCACCAGAGGGACCCCCUCCAGCCCUGGAGAUCCUGUGAGAGGAACCCCCUCUCCACCUGCCCCUGAGCUGUCAACAGCUGCUUGUUUCCAUAGAAGAGGGAAGAAGCCACCCUUCUUGAUCCUCAGGGCUCAAACUGGCAGGGGAGGACUUGGGAAGACCCACAAAUCUCUCCCCUGUUUUCUGCCUCAGGGCUCUGUCCAGACAGAGGAGACUGGCCACAGAGGUGACAUAUACAGAUUUUGGGGUGGGGCUGGUGGCAAGACAAAUAUCAGGCAGAAGGUGGCUGUGUGGUGCAAAUGCCAGGUCCCAGGGGUUCCCCAGCCAGGCAGUCCUCCCUGUGCCUGCCUCUGCCCAAAGCUGGACCCCAUGCCUGCCCCAGCCAGAUUGAGGGCACCCAGGCCCGGGAGGCUGCAGCAUGGGAAUCACUUGGAGCCAGACCAAGUCCAGCCCCUCUGUCUGCAGGGGGUGUAGGUCGUGGGAGGGGUGGGCAGGGCAGGCUGGGGGUCUGGACACUCACUCGCACAGC